AUGACGUCAAGUCACGAAGAGACGAUUUAUGGAGAAUCGUCCAUGGAAGCCCGUACAUUGAAGAUUCUAUGUGUGGGACGUGUUUGUCUUGACAUCGUUCAAAUGUGCAUGCAAUUUCCUUCCGAGGAUUCCACUCAAAAAGCUACUGAUCACAGAUGGCAAAGAGGGGGCAAUGCAUCCAACACCUGUACUGUACUAUCAUUAAUAGGACAACCGUGUGAGCUUCUGGCGUGUUUGAGCGCAGACGAGCAUGCUAAUUUUCUGCAAAACGAUCUGCGCAAGUAUAAAAUUGACUAUUCCCAUUGCCCUGUGAUAAAUGGCGUUGGGUGCUCCAUCUCAACUAUUAUAUUGAGUUUAAACACCGGAAGUCGCACAAUUGUACAUUACUGUAAUUUACCUGAAUUGACGUUAAAGAAUUUCGAGCAACUUAAUUUAGAGGAAUAUAGUUGGAUUCAUUUUGAGGGAAGACAUAUAGAUGUAACGCUGCAUAUGAUACAGUAUAUAGACAAUUAUAAUAAUUUAUUGAAUUGUACACGCGAUCGCGCUACCAAAAAUCGCAUGCCAAUUACAAUUAGUGUAGAAUUAGAAAGAUCAGUUUCCGAGUUAUUGAAUCUAUUACCGUACGUUGACGUAGCAUUUAUAGCAAAAGAAUUCGCUCAGUAUCUGGGUUUCAGCAAUAUGAAUGAAGUAAUAUGUAACAUCGGCCAAGAUUCUAAAGGAGCUAUUAUAUGUGCGUGGGCAGAGGAAGGUGCAAUUGCUCGUACUCCAUGUGGCUCAAUAGUACAAUCGCCAGCUUUUCCACCUCUAAAAGUAAUCGAUACUUUAGGUGCAGGUGAUACGUUUAAUGCAGCUGCUCUGUAUUAUUUGAACAAAAGCAAAGUUGAAUUUAUGCACAAAUAUAAAGAAGAAGCAACUUGCAUGAAUGAUAAUCAAACAAAGGAUGAUUCUGAUAAUAACACUACGUUAGUUAAACGAGAUAUUAAGGAAAAUUUAAGUACAAAAAGUUCGGUAUACGAUCGAGUAAAAUUUAUUAAUGAAACACUUCUACAACAGACUAUCAGAUUUGCAUGCCGCAUUGCUGGUGCAAAAGUAGGAUUGAGAGGAUACGAUUGCCUUGACGUAAUUUCUAAUGAUAUUUUACAAUCGAAUUUUUUUUAACAUUAGCAGAAUAUAUUUUUAGAAGGUAUUUAAUUUAGGUUUCUAAAUAAUAGAUAAGAGCAUCAUGUAUAAUUUAUACUUUUCCUUCUACUUAAAA